CGAACUAGUGAAGGCAACAUCAUUACACUUUUGACAGAAUCUGCAUUGGCAAAAGGAGAAAUUAAAGGAGGCCAGUCCUUCAGAUUCCAAAGCUGUUGAUGGUAACACACAGACUGAAAAAACUGCUCUUCUGAAUAGCUCGGGACAGCCACCUCAAGAACCCAUGGCUGAGUCAAGGGUGACCAGCAGACUGAAGCAACUAUGUGCCUGUCCUCCACAAGGCAUACUUGCCAGAACAGUAACAUACGGAGCAGCCGUAGUGCUGAUCUGGGCGGUGGUUUGGUCUAUUACUGGCCAAGAGUGUCUUCCUGGUGGGAACCUCUUUGGAAUUUUGUUCCUCUUCUUUUUUGCUGUAAUUGGAGGCAAAUUGAUGGGGCUAAUUAAAUUACCGGGUCUGCCUCCGCUCCCUCCUCUCCUUGGAAUGUUGCUUGUAGGAUUUCUCCUCCGAAACAUCCCAUCAGUCAGUGACCUAAUCCAGAUAAAUACAAAUUGGUCAGCUGCCCUAAGAAGUAUUGCCCUCGCUAUUAUCUUGGCCCGUGCUGGCCUUGGUCUUGACCCAAAGGCUCUGAAAAAAUUAAAGGCCGUCUGUUUACGAUUAAGCUUUGGGCCUUGUGUCACUGAAGCAUGUAUAGCAGCUGUCCUUGCUCAUUUUCUGAUGCACCUGCCAUGGACAUGGGGAUUUCUCUUAGGAUUUGUUCUAGGGGCUGUUUCUCCUGCUGUUGUCGUUCCCUCCAUGCUGGUUUUGCAAGCAGGGGGCUACGGUGUUGACAAGGGUGUUCCGACCUUGCUUAUGGCUGCUGGCAGCUUUGAUGACAUCUUGGCCAUCACGGGCUUCAACACCUGCUUAGGGAUAGCCUUCUCCACAGGGUCUACUCUUUUCAGUGUCCUCCGUGGUUUGCUAGAGGUUGCAAUUGGAGUAGCAGCUGGUGGCCUCCUAGGAAUUUUUGUACGGUACUUUCCAAGCAAGGAUCAGGUAUCAGUUGUAUGGAAGAGAACAUUCUUUCUGGUGGGCCUGUCUGUGUUUGCCAUUUUUAGCACCAUACACUUGGGCUUUCCUGGCUCUGGAGGGCUCUGUACUAUUGUCUUGGCAUUCUUGGCAGGUCUUUCAUGGUCUGACGAGAAGAAAGAGGUUGAAAAGAUCAUUGGAGUUGCCUGGGAGAUUUUUCAACCGUUUCUUUUUGGUUUAAUUGGAGCCGAAAUAUCUGUCUUCUCUCUAAAACCUGAGACAGUUGGUCUUUGUGUAGCCACGCUAAGUAUUGCUUUAGCAGUACGAAUUACUGUCACGUUCCUGCUAGUAUCUUUUGCUGGCUUUGAGAUGAAGGAGAAAAUAUUUAUUUCACUGGCAUGGAUCCCCAAAGCAACCGUUCAGGCUGCAAUUGGCUCGGUUGCCUUAGAUACCGCACGGACUCAUCAAGAUCAGACACUAGAACAAUAUGGCAUGGAUGUCUUGACAGUGGCUUUCCUGGCCAUUCUAAUCACAGCACCAAUUGGAGCUCUGAUAAUUGGCCUGGCAGGGCCUAGGCUUCUCCACAAGGCUGAUGCAGGCAAUGAAGACGAUGAUAAGCAUGAAAGAAUAGAAGAAAUUGACAUAUCUGGACAGGUAUAGAGUAGGGGCAGGGAAUAGCCCGAAGAUCACCCGGUUGGUAUUCCAGAUUGUCCAGUAACCAUAGUGACCUGUAGAAGUCUGGACAUAAGAAUCCUGCUGGAUCAGUCCAGUGGUCCGUCUAGUCCAGCAUUCUGUUUCACACAGUGGCCAGCUAGUUGCUGUGGAAGACCAACCAAAAGGGUAUAGAGGCUGAGGCCCUGCCCUCGUGUUGCCUUUUGCACUGGUAUGGUAGUCAGAAAGCUGGGGUGCAUUUUAGAUCUUACUAAAGCCACAGUGCAAGUACCUGUCAAAAAAUAAGAUGAUAUUAAUGAGCAUCCAGGUUUCUGUAGAUCCUUGGCAGGAGGUUUUGCGGGAAUCUAGUCACAAGCAAAAUUUAAUAUUAUGGCCAUAGUAUUGACAUCUGGGAAGUUUCUGUGACCUGAUUUGAAGAACAGAAUUCCUGCGAUGGAGCAUUCAAGAUGAUUCCUCAAAGAUAACUGGGGACUAAUAAAAGUCUUGGAGCAGGGGGGAAAAACACAACGACCAAUACCAGGACUAAAUAACCAAGAAGGAAAUUACAGAAUUUUUUUGGAAUGGAUGGUAAAAACCCUAUGCUGUUAGUUGCUUUUCAGAAAAGAGAUACAGUAUGUCUGGGGACAGUUUUGUGCUUAGGAGUCUCAUGUCCCUUUUCCUAAUUUCAACUUGAAAACACAGAUGAAAAAGCCCAUAGAAGCAAGCAGUGUUGUGGUUGGAUGGUAAUUUCAUGCAUGAUGUUGCAUGCAUGCUCACUUUGUUUUCUGACUGCCCUGAAGCUGUCUUCAGCCACUUGCUCUUCCUUUCCCCCUUACACAUUAUAAAAACACAAGCAGAGAAAAGUCCUAUCACUUGUCUUUCCUGCUAUGCUGUGAGUGUUGUGAUUUUACGUCAUAUGCUGUGGAUCUCUUGAGUACAGAGGCCUAACUGAUGGAGGUGGAUGUUCUUUGUAGACUUUGGGCCAUGAGGAAUGGAUGAAAGGGGGGGAUUUAUUUUACUGCCAGUGGACUGAUGAGUGCAGUGGCUCUUAAGAUCUUCAGAGCUGUUAGUGUCCUUGUGCCAGAGAAACACACUCCAGUUAGCUGAGCAGAGUGGUAGGAUACAACUCAUUAGCUCCUGUUCUGUCAUAAUUCUCACAACAAGCACAGUCACAGAAUGAAGAGAGAGUGCAGAUAGCGGUGAUGAUCCAAAUCCAAAAACAAAGGCCUAAUGAAAAGGACCUUUUCAUUAGGAGUGACCAAAAUGACACAAAACACUGUACAGGCUUUUGAGUUCAUUAGGUUGGAUUUUUUUAAAAAAACACUGAAGUGGUGAGAGAAAAAUGUUUUGGGCCUACAUUUUAAGGCACCUUCCCUAAAGCAUCCUCUCUGAAAAGCUGAGCAGGCAGGGCUUUUUUUCAGCUGGAACGUGGCGGAACAGAGUUCCGGAACCUCUUGAAAAUGGUCACAUGGCUGGUGGCCCCACCCCCUGAU